AUGGCUGAAGAAAAGGGAGCCGGUUCUCAGAUUGUUCCAGCGGCUACUCCAAUUAUGGUGCAGUCAGAGAAUUCAAGUUUUAAUAUUGGUAUGGUUUUGGAUGAAAAGAACUAUGAUUUAUGGGCUCCUCUCAUUCAAAUCCAUAUUGCUGGAAGGAAGAAGAUGGGAUAUCUUCGUGGGUCUAUCAAGGCACCUAGCGAAGACGAUCCUAAAUAUGAUGAUUGGUUCUCUGAAGAUCAAAAAAUUAAGAGUUGGCUUUUGUCUUCGAUGAAGCCUGAGAUUAUGAAACGGUACAUUAGGCUGUCUACAUCGAAGGAGAUUUGGGACUCCCUUAAGGCAGCAUACUUCGAUGAGAAUGACGAGGCUAGAAUUUAUUCGUUGAAUCAGAAGGCAUCACGUCUUCGUCAGAAUGGCCGACCUUUGGCUACCUAUUUUGGGGAGCUAACUGAGAUUUUCCAAGAAUUGGAUCAUUUUAAUAAAGUAUCCAUGGAGUGUGAAAACGACAUCAAAGUGUUUCAAAAAUCCACUGAGAGACAACGAGUCUAUGUGUUUCUUGGUGGUCUCGAUGAUGGGUUUGAUCAGGUGCGUGGAGAAGUGCUACGGAAGGAUCCCCCACUUGGCCUUCAGGCUUCUUAUGCAUAUGUUCGUCGUGAAGCCGAUCGGAAGGAAGCAAUGAAGACGGAGGUGGACAAAAGUGAACCCGCUGCCAUGGCAGCAAAGGCCCGUGGAUCAUCUUAUGGGCCUAACCGAGAAGGGUCACAAAACCGGCCAGGACAAACUCGGCCUAGCCAGCCAAGCCGGGAUCGUCCCCAAGGUAAGUGCCCACACUGUGGCAUGCCAGGACAUUCCAAGAGUCGUUGUUUUGAGCUGAUUGGAUAUCCCGAGAAUUGGGAUAGGACCCGUGAUCCUCGGUGCAACAAGUCUCGAGCCUCCGUUGCAGAAACCAAGAAUGAUUCAGACCAAAUAGAGGACAAGGCAUCUGCCAUGAUUGCUGCGGCAGGUAGUGAUGGUAAGGCACUAAGUACCUCUACUUCUGUUAUGAAUAAUACAUGGAUAAUUGAUUCCGGAGCUACUGAACAUAUGACUUGCGAUUCUAGACAGGUUCCAUCACUAAAAACAUCAACCCAAACCGAGGUCAAUGUUGCUAAUGGUAAUGUCGUCCCUGUUAUUGGGGAAGGCACUGUUUCCCUUUAUGAUACCAUGAAACUUGACACUGUUCUUGUGGACAUCCGGACGCGGAAGACGAUUGGUUAUGGUAUUAGAAGAGGAAAACUUUAUUACUUGGAAUUGACCACCAGUAGUUCUAGCUUGCUGACUUAA